AUGGUGGGAGACAUGCUUCUUCCGCUGACGACAAUUUCUGACCUACCCGAAAGUUGUAUUUCGCAUAUCCUUUCCCUCACGACGCCGAGGGAAGUUUGUCGGUUGUCGGCCGUCUCCUCCAGCUUUCGAUCGGCUGCUGACUCUGACUACGUCUGGAAGAGGAUGCUCCCGCCCGAUUUGCCGGCAUUGCUUUCUCGAGCCGUCUCACCGAUCACCUUCUUUUCGAAGAAGGAUCUCUUCUUCUGCCUUUGGACUGGGUUGAAGGAACAACCGCCACCGCCACCAAGCGACUUGCGCCCUAGAGAAGAAGGUCGUGAUGAUGGAUGGAUGGAGGUUGAGACUGGGGAAUUCUACGUGAACGGAAGUGGGGAUGGUGGGAAGGUGGAGUUCAGAUUGAUGGAGGUGAAACAUGGGCAUCUGAAGAGGGGGCUGGUGCUUGAAGGGAUUGAGAUAGACCCAAAACCAAACCUCCUCGCUGACCAUGGCCAAUGCACGUCCACGGAUCAAAGGGUCGUGGCCUUCCGGAAGCAAACCCCAGUACUUGGUGAAAAAUCAGUCCGACAGAACGGAGACGAUAAAGCAGAAAGUAUGGCAAGCAGCAUCCAAUUUCCACCAACAUCAAUUUCCGACUUACCGGAAAGCUGUAUUUCCCACAUUCUUUCCCUCACGACGCCGAGGGAUGUCUGCCGGUCGUCGGCCACCAACUCCAGCUUUCGAUUGGCUGCUAACUCCGACUAUGUCUGGGAGAGGAUGCUCCCGCCUGAUCUGCCGGCACUACUUUCUCGAGCCGUCUCUCCAGUCAGCUUCUCCUCCAAAAAGGAGCUCUUCUUCCUUCUUUGCUCUUCCCCCCUAAUCAUCGACUCUGGCAAAAGUAGUUUCUCGGUCGAUAGAGCCAGUGGAAAGAAAUGCUUCAUGAUAUCGGCAAAGGAGUUGUCAAUCAUGUUGAGCGAGGACGAAAGCUGUUGGAGGUGGAUCUCCCUACCCAAUUCAAGGUUUUCCCAAGUUGCUGACCUCUUAUCUGUCUGGUGGCUGGAGAUCCGGGCUGCGAUCAAGGCCACUGAGCUUUCUCCACAUACAUGGUAUGCAGCAUACUUCAUCCUCAAACACAAAGAAUAUUCUUCUGGAUUCAAUCUAUAUCCGGUAGAGCUUGCUGUCAGCAAGGGUGAUGGCACUUACGUCUCCAAACGCGAGGCCUUCAUACAUCCAGACAAACGCCGCAAGAACACGCCACAACCUUCUUACGCCCACACACCACCUCCAUAUGGCCACAUAUACGGAUGGCUGCCGGAUUGGCCUCGAGGCCGCAGGCACCUGAUGACGUCGUCCGAACAGCCACCACCAAGCAACCUGCGCCCAAGAGAAGGCGGUGAUGAUGGAUGGAUGGAGGUUGAGAUCGGGGAGUUUUACACAAACGGAGGUGAAGAUGGUGGUGGAGAGGUAGAGUUCAGCUUGUUGGAGGUGAAUGGUGUUGUGAAGAAGGGGCUGGUGCUUGACGGGAUCGAGAUAAGACCCAAAACCGAACCUCCUAGCUGACCAGCGCUCAGGCAGGCUCACGGGUUUAUUCUGCUUUCAUUUAUCAAAUUUUCAGGCACUUCAUGCAUAGAUUAAUGCUCACCCUUGCUCUUAGAAGAUGAGUGCAAGCCAUCCC